GCUUGGUGAGUGCCGCUACUUCGGUGGGGGUCACCUAGUGCUUCGCGCUCCUCCCUUUCUCCGCCUUCUCCUCCGCCUCCACCUCCGCCUCCGCCGCUGCCUCGUAGUCACUGUCCGGAUGCUCCGCUGGGCUCUCGGUGUAUAUUCAAUUUGAUGAAUGACAGCAGCACUUUUCAACAAAAAAAUACUUCAAAAAUGGCAGAACUCUUCAUGGAAUGUGAAGAAGAAGAGCUGGAACCGUGGCAGAAGAAAAUAGAAGUGAGUCAGAAAAAAGAUGAUGAUGAUGAUGAUCUCAUCUUUGUUGGUGAGAUAUUGAGUUCAAGACCAGCCAUUUCAAAUAUCUUAAACAGAGGUAACCCUGGAUCAUCUUCGAGGGGAAUAAAGAAUGAGGCACUCAAUUCAGCUCUUCCUCCUAUAUUCAAGGCUACAAAUCAACACUACAUAAAUCCAUCAUAUCCAGUGGCUGCCUUGUCUCGAUUUCAUACUGAAUCUGCAUCUUCACAGAGUUCUAUUGUUCAGAAUAUAUCUAAACCUGGUUUUUCAAAGAUUUCAUCUCAAGUUGGUUCAGAUGCUUCUUCACUUUUACUGUUUGAUUCAACCAAGGAUACACUGCCCUCAGGCAUACCGAAAACAAGUACAGGUAUUCAUCAAACUUUAUUUGGAGUAAAACAUUCUUCUGCAUCUAAUGUAAGCAAUGAUAAUCUGAAAAUGCCAAAGACCAAUGAAAGUGUUCCUAAAGCAAGUCCCUCCUCGUCAUCAUUUUUAAGUAAGCCUUACUCAGAGGCAUCUUCCCAGGUUAUUGUAUCAACAAAUCCAAAUACCUCAUCAACCCAAUCUAAAAGUGGAACACCUUCACAAAGAUCUUGCCCAAAGUGCAAUAUAAAGUUCACUUUUUUGGAUCAUUUGAAAUGCCACAUGAAGUAUUGUUGCCCAAACAGAAUAAAUAACUUAUUGGAAACUCUUAAAGCAGAACUUGCUAGUGAUGAAAACAUCAGUAACAUUGGUUCAGAGACAGGAAAAUUGAUUAUGCUAGUUAGUGACUUUUAUUAUGGAAGACAUGAAGGUGCUACUGAUGAAGAACCGAAGACUUAUGCAACUUUUAAAUGCUUCAGUUGCUCGAAAGUUCUUAAAAAUAAUAUUAGGUUUAUGAACCACAUGAAACACCAUCUAGAACUUGAGAAGCAGAACAGUGAGAGCUGGGAAAACCAUACUACUUGCCAGCAUUGCUACCGGCAGUAUCCCACACCCUUCCAGCUGCAGUGCCACAUUGAGAGUACACACACUCCCCAUGACUUCUCUACUAUUUGCAAAAUCUGUGAAUUGUCAUUUGAAGGAGAGCAUAUUCUUUUACAGCAUAUGAAAGAUACUCACAAGCCUGGUGAAAUGCCAUAUAUUUGCCAGGUUUGCCAAUUUAGAUCAUCCAUAUUUUCUGAUGUAGAAACUCAUUUUAGAGCAUCCCAUGAAAACACUAAGUUCUUGCUGUGUCCAUUUUGCCUGAAAGUUAAUAGAAUGGCAGCCCCCUACAUGAAUCAUUACAUGAAACAUCAGAAAAAAGGAAUUUAUCGUUGUACAAAAUGCAGACUACAAUUUUUGACUUGCAAGGAGAAAAUUGAACACAAGACACAGCAUCGUACAUUUAUAAAGCCUAAGGAACUGGAAGGAUUGCCAUCAGGAACAAAAGUUACUAUUCGAGCUUCGUUAGGACCUGUUGAUUCACAGUCAGCAAGUACACCUACUAGUGGUGCUACGAGUACUACUAUUCUCCAGGCCUCACCACCACGGCCGAAAGAGAAAACUGCUAAAAAUCCCUCUAACACGUUUUCAAAUAAAACUAAGACACAUACGACUCAUACAACUCUAUCCACUACAAGCAAACCUAAAACACUUGAGCCAAGUACAGGUGCAUCUAAAUUCAAUGCCAACCUCUCUCCCAAGCAAAAAAAACAAUGCAACAAGAAUAACAAAAUCGACCUAGCUUUGAAGAACUUAAGGUGUCACCAGGGAAUUCACAAAUGUAUUGAGUGUAAUUCCAAGAUAAAAGAUUUUGCAAGCCAUUUUCCUAGAUAUGUCGGUUGUAACUUUUGCAAGUAUUAUACUAGCUGUAACAAAGCCUUUGUCAAUCAUAUGAUGAGUGCUCAUAGUAAUACCCCAAGUAAAUUUCAUAUUUUUAAGAAGAAUUCAAGAGCCUUAAGGGGCAUCACUCUAGUGUGCCUUAAAUGUGAUUUCUUAGCCAACUCUUCUGGCUUGGACCGUAUGGCUAAACACUUAAAUCACCGUAAAACUCAUACUUGCCAAGUUAUAAUAGAGAAUGUGUCUGAAUGUACCUCAACUUCUAAAUACCCUUCUGACUGCUUGUUGAAAUAGAUCCCUGCUCUAUGGAGCUCGUGCAACCUGGUGCAAGACAAGUUGGAAUUUCCUAAGUUCAAAGUUCUGAAGUGUUUUCUUACACAAAAGCAAUUUCCUAAGUUCAAAGUCCUGAAGUGUUUUCUCACAUGAAGGCAAUUAAAAUUCACAGCACUAGCUUUCAUUAUUCAGUUCUUUACAGCUUUCAGGUGGCACUAGAUUCUUAUUCCACCUUAUCUUUGAAUCAGGUUAACAUAUCUGAGUCAGGUUAACAUAUCUUUUGUCUCUUGAAAUAGUUUGUGUUUUUCUCUGCUUACUUGCCUUCAGAAUAUUUCAUUUCAAAUAAUAUGGUUGUUCGCCUUUUGUCUGUUUUGUCUGCUUAAUUUCUUACAAAUUUCACAUUUUAGGUCAGAUAGUUGUUGUUCUCUCAUUCCUUGUCUGUCCUUGUUCUAUUUUUCAGAUGCAGAAGCAACACUGAAAUUUCAAAAAUGUCCAGUGUACUCCUGGACAGUGUCCUCCUUCGAUGGACACAACUGAUGCCUGUUAUCUCUUUCCAAGGAAUAUGAGUUAUUUGACUGUGAAACCUCUUCUAGUUUGUGGCCUUAAGAAUUUACCAAUUCUUGGGGAGAUCCUUUCCUACAUGACUGGUAUCCCAUAAGGCUGGUGCUAAUUUGGCCAGAGAAGACCUCAAGGUCUACCAAAUUGAGCACAACUUCUCAUUUAGAGACUUUAGUUGGUGAAUUUAAGCUUGUGAGUUGAUUUUAACCAAGAGCCUAUCAAAUUAGUGAUUCAACAUCCAAGUUCAAACUUUACUCAUUCUAUGUCCCUUUAAUCUCCCUCUAGUAUGCAUGCAGUCUAAGGAAUAUAAACAUCCUGAUUGUAUAAUAAACCAAGAUUACUUUCAUGUUCUUGGAAAAACAGACUUCUAAACUUAUAAUUCCAAAGUAGCAGUUAUUUAUAUUGUCAUAUCCAGUACUAAUAUCAGGAGUCUUCACCAAUACUAGUAUUUAGAUUUUAUUUUUUUUAGAAAUCAUUAAAAUUUGAUAGCUUGGGUUUUCUUCACUAAAUUUGUUGAUGUCCAUUUUGUUAUGUCUACUUUUCUUCUUAAAGCUUUUGGGUUUUUUGUUGUUUUUGUUAAGGACCCUUAAAAUUUUUUUUCAAAUUCUCUACAUGUUUUAUGUAACUACCUUUUGGUAGUUUUUAAACCAGAUACUUGCUCAGACCAUUAGCUACUACAUACUCUGUUUAUCUUGGGCCUAAUAUUAACAUCUUAGGUAAAAUAAGUUCAAAGACAAAAAAUUGGCAAAUUUUCCUUUACGUAUUGUAAAGCAAGUUUGAAAAUAUAUUGUUAUCCAUCUACAAUGCAAUCUCUUCUUAGCCAUAAAUGUAACUUCUUUGGAUAAAGAUAAUAUAUUCAAAAAUAUUGGGACCAAAAAUGCACUUGU